GCAAGGCCAUGCAACAUUAUUCUGUAACUUCUGAGAAACUUUGGACAUCUUUACAUACGACCGUAAUUGAAGCUAUUCGCACAUCAACAAUUCUCCCCGUUCUAUCAAUUGCCGCAGAACAUACUGGGAACAUUUAGCCAUCACAUGGCACCACGGGGCGGCCCCUGCACCAUUUGUUGACAUUGAGCUGUUUCUUUGCCAACGGCGCCCGCAGUGUGGAAAUACAGCAAUAGCAAACAGCACCCAACUCAACACCAGACUCACCCCUAUUAUCGUCCCUCGCGCCCGCUGCUCCUUCUUGUCAGAAUUGCUCGCCGCAUACCAAGAACCAAACGCUCUUGCUUUGCAAAUCCGGCAAUAUGUCUGCAGAAGGGACCGCCAACCAAUACUCAGUGCUAGAGGAGCUUGGAAGUGGCAGCUUUGGGACCGUAUACAAGGCAAUUGAUCGCUCAACUGGAGAAGUGGUCGCAAUCAAACAUAUUGAUCUCGAAUCCAGCGAGGAUGAUAUCCUAGAAAUUCAACAGGAGAUUUCCGUGCUCAGCACUUGCGCCAGCCCUUUCGUAACCCAGUACAAAGCAAGUUUCCUCCGAGGGCACAAGCUAUGGAUAGUUAUGGAGUAUCUAGGAGGUGGAUCUUGUCUUGAUUUACUUAAACCUGGAUCCUUCAACGAAGCCCAUAUCGCAAUCAUAUGUCGCGAGCUCCUGCUCGGUCUCGAGUACCUGCACCAGGAAGGGAAGAUACACAGAGAUAUCAAAGCUGCAAAUGUAUUGCUCUCCACGACUGGGAAAGUCAAGCUGGCCGACUUUGGCGUUGCAGCGCAACUUACCAACAUAAAAUCACAACGAAAUACCUUUGUCGGAACCCCCUUCUGGAUGGCACCGGAAGUUAUACAGCAGGCUGGUUAUGAUUUCAAGGCCGACAUAUGGUCCCUGGGCAUCACGGCGAUGGAGCUGGUCAACGGCGAACCUCCGAAUGCCUCAAUCCACCCUAUGAAGGUCCUCUUUCACAUUCCAAAGGCACCAGCACCACUAUUGGAGGGUCCAAAUUACAGCAAAGAAUUCAAGGACUUUGUUGCGCAAUGUCUUGUCAAAGAUUGCGACAGGCGACCAUCGGCCAAGGAGCUGUUGAAGCACAAAUUCAUAAAGAGUGCUGGGAAGGUGGAGGCGUUACAGGAAUUAGUGGAGAGAAAGCAGGAAUGGGAUGGAGGUCGCACUCGUCCUUCACAUCCUAGGUUCUAUGAAGAAACUUUAAACACCAUGACCCCCAGGAACGAGCCAGAUGAGUGGGUCUUCGACACGGUCAAAGCAGCAACUAUAGCUCCACGCAAGAACACUACCAAGAGACGAAAGCUAUCGGUCAUACAUGCAAAUGGUCAAGGCGUGCAAAAUGGAGCAGAGGAAGCAAUGAAGCGACUGGAACUUAAGGACUCACCACUUGAGUACUCUUCACCACCCCCUGUCACAAUGAAGAAAGGUACGGUUCGCAAACAACCGUCCAUUGUUCAAUUGAUGUCACCCACCAAACCCCGUCAAGCGAGUAGUCAAAAGCGACCCUUACAACCGGACAUGAAUUUUGGGAAUACAGGGUCGACUGUGCGACUUUUCCGUCGGGUCUCGGACAACUCCACACUUGCCCAAGUAAACUCCGAUGUUUCUGCUCCGGCAACUACCCGAGAUGAGAACAGGCCACCUAUGACCGAGACAGUUACCAAAGAGGCAGUGCUAGGGCGAAGAAUCUUCAACAAGAUCGUGGAUCCAUCUUUCCAGGAGCUUCAUGCGCAGACCGGCAAUCAAGCCAAGAGGGAAGCAUUGUCACGAUUAGCCGAUGCCUGGAGCGCACUGGACGCUGUUGACCCUGAAGGGGAAUAUCAGUUGUUGAAGGCUAUGAUUGAGAGAGUUCAGAAUGAUCCCAAACUUUCAUCACUGCUGUUGCCUUCCAAAGCCUCAAGCAGAGAUGGGACACCCCAAGGAACACCACAGAAGUCUCCCACCAAGCUUGUGCUGGCCCAGAACAACCCACACCUAAAGUCGCACCGUCGAAGACAGACCAGUAUGCAACCUGAUCCGGAACGACUAAACAACUUACCAGGCCAAGUCGUUCCAGGCAUGGAGCACACCAAGCAACUUGCAGAUGUUCUCUACAGUCGUUGGACGGAUGGGAUACGAAACCGAUGGCCAGCUAUAUAAAUGCCAUUGAGCUCUUCCGGCAUUUUCAGGCGCACAUGAUUCACCUGGGACGCAUCAUCAUUGCGGGAGUCCUACAGAAAGGUUCUGCCUUUUUACAUCAAUUUGCAUAAGACGGUGUACAAAAAACAUGCAUAGAGCAUAGCGAGCAUCAUCGAUCCGGUCCAGUUUGGUUGAGAGAGAGGCGAGAGCUCAGCGUGAGGUUGCAGCAGAUUUGGGAUUAACUGUACCGAUCUGAGUUGGUUUGGUUCGGAGGAUUGAUGAUUGAUGAAUGAUAAUGUUUUUCUUUUUUGAUAUUUUGUUUGGUUUUCUUUGGGGCUUGGCUUGGCUUUUUCAUUGCUUCUACUCUGGGUUGGAUGGAGGGGAUAGCGGGGGGGAGCGAAGCGGGAGUUGCGACAUUUGUAAAGUACUUGUAUAAGGUCAUAAAGUAGAUAGGGUGAAAUUAAACAUCGCAAACA